AUGUCGUACCACGAUGGCCGCCGCUAUGGCGAAUCCCAUGGUCGCAACCGUGGAUAUGCUGCAGAUUAUUAUGAUGAACACCCCGAGAGUCGGCGAUACGAUGAACAGCGCGACUAUGGCUCACGACAGGCACGCCGUCCACGACCCGAAUUUCGACGUCGGGCAUCGUCAAUUGGUGGGGACCCUUCCUACCACCUAGGAAAUCGGUCCCAACGGAACUCAUCUCGCCCAUACAAAGAUUCUGAAAGGCCCAGCGGUUCUUCAUCUAGGCACAGCCGCUCAUCCCGCGAUCAAAAUCGUCGCCAAUCCACGGGCGAGGCCUCGAGAGCCAAUGACUACCAAGACCGGCAUCAGAGUGGUGAUAAAGGCCCCGUUGACAGUAACCGUGAUCAAGGCAGCAGUGGCUUCUUACGUGGCAGGGGCGGGGAGCUUUUAAUGCAUGCUGCUCUUCCCCUCAUGGCCGCCGGUGCUGCAGAGGCCUUACGAGCGCGCAAGGAACCUGGAGAAUGGAAGGGAGACAAAGGGAAGCAUGUUCUGACGGCAGCUGUCACCAAUGGAUUGGUUAAUAAGGAUCCAAGCAAGCCUCAGAAACACCACAUCAUGGAUACUACAUUUCGGGGCUUAUACGACGGUGCCCCUAGCCGUGAAGAGAGAGCUGAGCUUCAGCGUCGGGUUGGCGGAAGCCAUACAUCGAGCAAUCUUAAGAAAAUUGCUGUAGCAGGUGUGGUGGCCUUCGCGGGAAAGGAGCUCUAUGACCGAUACGGCCGCUCGCGAUCUCGGGCACGAGACUACAACGAUGACCGUUACGGAUCGAAGAAACGCAGUCAGAGCGUCUCGGAUGACAGGCACCGGGGUAUGGAGUCUCCAGACCAUGGAGAAAGCGAUGAUCAGAAAAGCGCUCGAUACAAAGACAGGGAUGGUCAAUCCAACCAUUGGGAGCGUUAUUCUAGUCGCGACCGCGACUACAGGAAUUGGGAUUAUAGCUCUGAUGGGUACUCGGACUCGGAUAUGGAAAACAACUAUCAUGGGCGAAAACAAGGCUCUCGAGAUCUGGCCCGAUAA